GAAUGGUCCAAUGACAUGGUUUGAUGCCAAAACAGAAUGUGCAAAUAGAGGUGGCGCACUUGCAGAACCACGCAACCAGGCGGAAAACGAUGCAUUAGUGGCAUUGUAUGUCUCAGGACGAUAUUGGCUUGGUAUUACCGAUGUAAACCACGAAGGGAGGUUCACGUACGCCAGAGACGAUUCUGAUAUUGUAUACAGUAAGUGGGAUGUUGGUGAGCCAAAUAAUGGAGGGGGGGAGCGAACACUGUACAGAAUUGUGGAAAGCCGAGGGGUUAUGGAAUGAUGUUCCCUGUUCCCUCAGCUUGGGACAUGCGAUCUGUCAGUUCGCAAAUUUAAAUCCUGGUGUUCGUGGUGAUCCUCAUAUGACGACAUUCGAUGGACGUGCAUAUGCUUUCCAAGGCACAUGCUGGUACACACUUUUUAAAGACUGUUCCUCAAAUUCUGGCUUCGAAGUUACUACUAAGUUUGAGUCAAGAAAAGAUAACAUUUCUGCAGAAAUAAGAACGAGAGUUGUUUCGUUCAGCGUUACAGUUGGGAAGCAAUAUGCUGUUGUUGAUGGACUGGAAAUUUUAACAGGGCCGACUGAUGAGCAACUGAAUGAAACACAAGCAAUUCAUGUCCAUAGAGAAGACAAACAAAUCCUUCUGCACUUCACUUUGCAAGACACAACAUUCACUCUGCAGUGGACUUUAAGAAACCAUGGUCUAAGUGUUUCCUAUUAUGGCUCUGCUUACAACGGUAAACUAUGCGGUUUGAUGGGAAAUGCUGACGGGAAUCCUCUUAAUGACUUUAAAAAUCCUGAUGGCAGUGUUGUACGAGACGUUGACGAGUUUGGAAAGAGCUGGAAAUUAGAAGGCAAAAACUGUGACUGA